UUGACACGCGAGAUCAGGAGUGCCAAGGCACUAACACGUUUGCCGGUGGAAUUUCAGCGGAUGAGUUACAUGAUUGUAACAAAGAGACCUGAGACGGGAACAUCGCUGUAGUUCUCUCACAUUCAGCAUAACCCAUCUCAUUCACCAGGAGGUUGUGCUGAGCGUUGCAAUGAACUUCCAGAAUCAAGAAAACACCCGGGCCCGCGCUUCUACCAACUGGCGGCGCAGAGACGCAGGCGGGACGCCUUCCGCUUUCCAGCCAAGAAACGCUCAGAAUAACCAUGAAGGGGCUGAUCCAGGCAGCGCUCAAGCGACUGAACCACUGAGACAAGGCUUUAGAGAUUUGGGGAGGCCAUCCGCAUCUCCGUCCCAAUCUCAAUCACCAACUGAUGAUCGAACCGCCCAAGCCAUUGCGGAUGGCCGUCGAAUCUACGUAGGGAACCUCCUCUAUCAUGCGAAGACAGAGGACGUGGAAGCUCUCUUUGGCGACGGCGACUACACCAUCGAUCGUAUAGUCAUGUCCUUGGAUCCUUUCACGGGUCGAAAUCCCUCAUACUGCUUCGUUGAGCUGGCGAACAAAGAGCAAGCCGACUGGGCGAUGGAAAGGCUGAAUGGAAGGAAGCUCCUGGGGCGGCCGGUCAAGAUUAAACCAUGUAUUCCACGCAGAGCUGAUCGACAACCACCUUCUGGACCACCGAGCACUCGUAACACACUUCCAGACCGGUGGGAGCGAGACGACGCCCAGAGUCAUUGGGUAGGCGCUGGGAUGCCAGGACGUCGGCUGUUUGUUGGAAAUCUUCGAAAGCCACGCAGCCAGGCCGAUUCGAACGCGGAGAUCGCACAGCUGUUCGCUGGAUUUGCAGUCGAAGCCAUUAGCAAAGUCAUAUCGGGUUCUUCAGGGGAUACGUAUUACGCCUUCGUGGACCUUGCCACGAAAGAAGAGGCCGAAACGGCGGCGCGCGCAGUGGAUGGUACUACUACAUCCUGGGGAACCAUCAAAGUCAACAAAGCCAGACAGGAUCACGCAUGGAAGGUCCACGAGCGGGAAUCGUUUGAUCGAUCGCGCGAAGGAGUAAAGCUGCCUUGAUGGUGGGAAUGAUUCUACACAGCAGACCAGAACUUGGACCGGAUGUCUUGAAGAAGGAACACAAUACUGCAAUAGGAGAGGUGCUGUCUCGGCAAUUCUGUUCCGUGCCACAUGGCGGAGAAUUUGUGCACGAU